UUGUUCAGUGUUCUUCAGAAAAUAUGAGAGUGAAAGCAGCGGAUCUUCAAAUUCGCUCUCUUCUGGAUUUGUUCCAGUCUUUGACCAGUACUGUCUUAUCCUCUUUGUACAGUCAGCCUGCGGUUUGUCUAAUUGUGCUUAGAGAAUUAUCUCUAGAGGAGCAGACUGUUGUGAUGAGAUUACUGUUUGUGGAUCAGUCCUUCUCAGAAGCAGGAAUCAACGCUUGGUUCACCUCAGUGUCAGGAGUAGAUCUGUCACGUUUGAAGAGACUGAAGUUGUUUUUCGACAGCAAAUCGUCCGUGACGCCAACUGUUAUAAUGAACGAAGACUUUCGAAUUAGUUUGAAAUCAGCCGUUGGCGGAAUGGGGGCUCCCUGGGAUCUGCCAGUGCUGGAACCGGAUCCCAAGAUACCCCAAAGAAGUGCAGCAAAUUUGACAACAUAUGCAACGGAAAGAUGGGAAGCGUUGCUGCAGUUCAUGGUCGGUUCAGAAGGGAGUCGAGAAAAACUAAGCGAUGAAACGAUAGGAAUUUUAAAAUCUUGUGGACUGAUUGAAUUGGACUUGACAGAAUCCUCCAAACCUGCUUUGACUGCGAGUGGUUUCCAGUUUCUGCUUCAAGAGACGUCGGCCCAAGUGUGGUACUUUCUGUCCCAGUACUUCCUUCGACUAAACGCCAGAGAUCCAGAGAGGCUGAUUGAGGUUAUGACUUUUCUCCUUCAGAUGUCUCAAGCGGUUUUUGGCAGAGAGUACUCCAGCGACAAUUUGUCCGAAACAGUGAUGAAUUUUGUCCAGUUUUUAAGAGAACUUGGACUAGUUUACAUGCGUAAAAGACGCGAUGGCCGAUUUUAUCCUACAAACCUUGCGAUAUCAUUCAUUAAAGGAUCCCAAGCGUCUGUUUCUCUUGGAAAUCAAAAAGACAUUUCGCAGUAUUUUCGAGAAAACAAACGCAACAAAGAUGGUUUCAUAGUGGUGGAAUCUAACUUCAGGAUUUACGCAUACACUGAUUCAGAUCUGCAUGCGGCGCUCAUCGCGAUGUUUAGCACAAUCUCUUACCGAUUUCCAGGCUGUAUUUGUUGUGUGAUCACGCGGGAAAGUAUCAGAGAGUCACUACUAAUGGGCAUAUCGGCCGACAAGAUCUUACACUACCUUCUAUCACACCUACAUCCGCAGGCUGGCAAUUCUGUGUUUCCCCCGACAGUGGUGGACCAACUGUAUCUGUGGGAGAUGGAGACUGGGAAGAUGAGUUUUUCAGACGGAGUUCUCUACAGUAACUUCCUCUCACAUGCACAGUUCGACUUCCUACACGAAUUCGCCACCACUCUCAAUCCUCCAAAUGCUGCUGCUGCUGAAAAUAAGACUGAGUCUUCUUCUGAUGCGGCAGUGGCUGGCCUUCCGAGUGGAGAUGCGAAGGGUGGUGUGUUGUAUGCAAACACCAGUCGCAGGAUGAUGGUAGUCGAUGAAGCGAGCCACGAACCAGUGAAGAAGCACUGGAAAGCAAACAAGGCUCGCUUUGACGCUUGACUGAAAUACUUCUUCUUUUCA